AUAAUAACACAAGCAUCCAUCAAGCCACUUGCUAUACCAAAACACACAGUGAACCAGCAUCUCACACUGCAGCUAAUCAAUCACUUAGCCAUGCUCAUGCGUCAUCCGACCAUCGCCGCCGCCGCCGCCGCCGCCGCCUCCAUCCUCCUCCUCAUGAUCGCCGCCGAUGGCCAGGCGGCGACGACGACACCGCCAUCACCACCACCUGCAGCCAUCGGCAACUACUGCAAACCGCGCGAGAGAGACGCGCUGCUGGCGUUCAAGGAAGGCGUCACCGACGACCCUGCAGGCCUCCUCGCCUCUUGGCGACGAGGUGGCGGUCAGCUGCAGGAGGAUUGCUGCCAAUGGCGAGGCGUCCGGUGCAGCAACCGCACCGGCCAUGUCGUCAAGCUCCGCCUCCGCAACGACCACGCCGGAACAGCGCUGGCCGGCGAGAUAGGCCAGUCUCUGAUCUCGCUGGAGCAUCUCAGGUACCUCGAUCUCAGCAUGAACAACCUUGCAGGUUCCACUGGACAUGUCCCUGAGUUCUUGGGCUCUUUCAGAAGCCUGAGAUAUCUGAAUCUAUCUGGGAUAGUGUUCUCCGGCAUGGUGCCGCCUCAGCUCGGUAACCUUUCGAACUUGCGAUAUCUCGAUCUCUCCAGGAUAAGAUUAUCCGGCAUGGUUCCAUUUCUGUACAUUAAUGAUGGUUCAUGGUUAGCACACUUGUCCAAUUUGCAAUAUCUGAAACUUGAUGGGGUAAACCUUAGCACAGUAGUUGAUUGGCCACAUGUUCUGAACAUGAUCCCUUCUCUGAAGAUUGUUAGCCUUUCUUCUUGCUCACUUCAGAGUGCAAACCAGUCUCUCCCAGAGCUUAGUUUCAAGGAACUUGAGAUGCUUGAUCUUUCCAACAAUGAUUUUAACCACCCAGCUGAGUCUAGUUGGAUUUGGAACCUGACAUCUCUCAAGCAUCUCAAUCUUAGCUCGACUAGUUUGUACGGUGAUAUUCCGCAAGCGCUAGGAAACAUGCUGUCCCUCCAAGUUCUUGAUUUCUCAUUUGAUGAUCAUAAGGAUAGCAUGGGCAUGAGCGUGUCGAAAAAUGGCAAGAUGGGCACCAUGAAAGCAAACUUGAAGAAUCUAUGCAAUUUGGAAGUUCUAGACCUCGAUUGUAGGCUAGAAUAUGGAAAUAUUAUGGAUAUAUUUCAGAGUUUGCCACAGUGUUCACCCAGCAAACUGAAGGAAGUUCAUUUGGCUGGCAACAGUUUAACCGGGAUGCUACCAAAUUGGAUUGGAAGGCUAACAAGCUUAGUCACUCUUGACCUCUUCAAUAACAGCAUCACUGGACAGGUGCCUUCUGAAAUAGGUAUGCUCACAAAUCUGAGGAAUUUGUACCUACAUUUCAAUAACAUGAGUGGUACCAUCACAGAGAAGCACUUUGCGCACCUGACGAGCUUGAAGUCGAUAUAUUUGUGUUACAAUCAUUUGAAGAUUGUGAUGGAUCCUCAGUGGUUACCUCCCUUCAAAUUAGAGAAGGCUUACUUUGCAUCUAUUACGAUGGGCCCCUCAUUUCCUAGAUGGCUUCAAUCACAGGUUGAUAUUGUCGCACUUGCUAUGAAUGAUGCAGGCAUAAAUGAUACAUUCCCAGACUGGUUCUCUACAACCUUUUCAAAGGCCAAGUUGUUGGAAUUUCCCGGUAAUCAAAUCAGUGGUGGAUUGCCAACAAAUAUGGAAAACAUGUCAUUGGAAAAAUUAUAUCUGAAAUCGAACCAAAUAGCGGGUCUGAUUCCUCGCAUGCCGCGAAACCUCACUACAUUAGAUUUAUCAAACAACUCAUUGUCAGGACCUCUGCCACUAAAUAUUGGAUCUCCAAAACUAGCUGAGUUGAAUCUGUUAUCCAACCGUAUCACCGGGAAUGUUCCACAAUCUAUUUGUGAACUGCAGAAUUUACAUGGCCUAGACUUAUCCAACAAUCUACUUGACGGAGAGUUUCCUCAAUGUUCUGGGAUGAGCAUGAUGUCAUUUUUUCGUCUGAGUAACAACAGCUUUUCUGGCAACUUCCCAUCUUUUCUUCAGGGUUGGACAGAGUUAAGCUUCCUUGAUCUUUCAUGGAAUAAGUUCUCUGGGAAUUUGCCUACAUGGAUUGGAAAUUUCAGCAAGCUAGAAAUUCUGCGGCUUAAGCAUAACAUGUUCUCUGGAAAUAUUCCUGCCAGCAUCACCAAACUUGGAAAUCUUUCUCAUUUGGAUCUUGCUAGCAAUAGUAUAUCAGGUCCCCUGCCUCAGUAUUUGGCAAAUUUGACAGGAAUGGUUCCGAAGCAAUAUUAUACGAACGAGCAUGAAGAGAGACUAUCUGGAUGUGACUACAAAUCUCUUGUGACCAUGAAGGGGCUGGAACUUGAGUAUGAUGAAGAAAAUGUAACUGUGGUGACCAUUGAUUUGUCCUCAAAUCUUUUGACCGGUGUGAUUCCUGAAGACAUUACUUAUCUUCAUAGAUUGAUAAAUCUGAAUCUAUCGAGUAACUAUUUGAGUGGAAAAAUUCCAUAUUCGAUUGGGAACAUGCAGUCAUUGGAAUCGCUCGACCUCUCGAAGAACAUGCUCUAUGGUGAAAUCCCACAAAGUUUGUCUGAUUUAUCGUCUUUAAGUUUUCUGAACCUAUCUUAUAACAAUCUUGUGGGAGGAAUACCAUCAGGGACACAACUUGGCACCCUCUAUGAUCAAAACCAUCAUCUGUAUGAUGGCAAUGAUGGUCUUUGUGGGCCUCCUCUCCAAAAAAGCUGUUAUAAAAGCGAUGCAUCAGAGCAAGGUCACCUGAUGAGAAGUAAACAAGGUUUUGACAUAGGGCCAUUUUCCAUUGGAGUUGUGAUGGGAUUUAUGGCAGGUCUCUGGAUUGUCUUCUAUGCCCUUUUGUUCAGGAAAUCUUGGAGGGUUGCUUACUUCUGUCUCUUGGACAAGGUGUAUGAUGAGGUUUGUGUGAUUGCGGUUGUUGGUUGGGCAAGAUUGACAGGAAGAACAGAUCCGAGAUUGCUGAUGUCGCAUGUCUCAUGGUCAUCCAUCGACUCUGACGAAUCCUAUGAAUAGAUGAAGAUGAAAAAGCUGAAGCAGGUGUAAGACUAUUAGUUGGGUUGUAUAUUUUGUCAUGUAUGGAGCUUAUUAGAGCAAGUACCCUAAAUGCAUAUGAUGCAUAGAUCUACAAUGAUGUGUAUAUAUCUGUUUGUACUGGUACAGUUGUGUAGUGUGUCAGAAAUCACCCUUCAGACUAAAUCCUGAACUCACUCUUUCUAUCAGAGCUCUGUUCUGAAUGUUGUAGGACAGCUACAGUACCUGAAGAAAGAUGAAAACAGAACAAGCAGAGCUGGGGCAGAGGUUUUGCGCUGCAAACUUCAUCAGCUUUUCUGGGCUUAUAUUCUCCCUUAAUAAGCAACUACGAUUGGCUGAAAAAUUCUAAAUCAGCUAGUCCCUGAAAGACUAAACAUUCUAAUUACUUCCUGUUGAACUGGGCUUACAAACUAAAGAAAUACUAACUGAAAUGAGAUUAAAUCAGAAGGAAAAUGGAAUGAAGUCCAGUGGCAUAUCGUGGAUUUUA